AUGGCCGAUGGAGAGAAGGCAUUCGGCGCCUCGUCCGCAGUUGAUGUGGAGAAGAGCAUAGGUGUCGGGAAACAUAUUGAUCCUACAUUGGAGAAACAUACCCAUGAUGCGGAUGAGGCGAUGAAAGCUCUCGAUGAGCUUCAGGGAGAAGCGAUUGAGUUGGAUGAAUCCACAAAUCGGCGACUGCUGAGAACUAUUGAUUGGCAUAUGAUGCCAAUUAUGUGCUGUAUUUACGGGAUGAAUUAUUUGGACAAGACCACAUUAUCCUAUGCAAGUGUCAUGGGUAUCAAGACAGACUUGAAUCUUGUUAAAGACGAUUAUCAAUGGCUAUCAAGUUUAUUCUAUUUCGGCUAUCUCGCAUGGGAGUACCCAACCAACCGCCUGCUGCAGCGGUUGCCUCUAGGAAAAUACUCUGGCGCCUGCAUCUUAAUGUGGGGUAUCAUUUUGAGCUGUUUCGCCGCCGUAGGCAACUACUCAGGGGCGAUAGCAAUUCGUCUUUUCCUCGGUGUAUUCGAAGCUGCCGUAACACCGGGCUUUGCGCUGCUCACAUCUCAGUGGUAUACGAAAGAUGAACAAGGAAGCCGUGUCAAUAUCUGGUUCAGUUUCAAUGGUGUUGGUCAAAUCCUAGGCGGCGUCGUCGCAUACGGAAUUGCAGUCGGCACUGCUAAACACGGAUCAUCGAUUGAGCCUUGGAAAAUCAUCUUCCUAGUCACCGGCCUGUUAACCAUUGUACUAGGAGUUGUUUUUCUAUGGAUUGUCCCCGACAGCCAAUUGAAUGCACGAUGGCUAAGUAAGGAAGAUCGGAUAUUAGCGGUCGCUCGAGUGCAGGUGAACCAGCAGGGAAUUGGAAAUAAGCAUUUCAAAAUGUAUCAAGUUAAAGAAGCGCUCUUGGACCCAAUGACAUGGGCGUUCUUUUUCUACGCACUUAUUGCUGAUAUUCCCAAUGGUGGAAUUACGAACUUCUUCAGUCAGCUGAUCACUAGCUUUGGAUACACAAAUGAGCAGAGCUUGAUUCUGGGUGUUCCAGGUGGUGCCGUGGAAGUGAUCGCACUUGUAUUGAAUGGGUACAUGGGCCGUUGGACAGGCCAACGACUUUUAUGCAGUUUAGGCGGCCUUUUCUCUGCGCUCAUUGGCAUUAUUCUCAUUGUGGCUCUCCCUGAAUCCAAUAACGUCGGUCGGUUGAUUGGAUACUACAUGACCCAAGCGAGUCCCACAGCUUUUGUGGCGCUGCUCGCUAUGAUCUCGUCGAACGUGGCUGGAUACACCAAAAAGACCACAGUAGCAGCCUUGUAUCUUAUCGGGUACUGCGCUGGUAAUAUUAUUGGUCCCCAAACCUUCCGUCCACAAGAUGCACCUCGAUACGUGCCCGCCGAGAUUGUCAUUAUCGUCUGCCUUGCUGUCUGUAUCUGUAUCAUGUUGUUUGUCAACUGGUGGUAUGUCAAGGAGAACAAGCGCAAGGCAGAGAUCACAUCCCAACCGGGCUAUGUGAGACUGCAGAACCAAGCGUUUUUGGAUUUGACCGACCGGGAAAAUAUGGAUUUUGUUUAUUCUGUUUGA